AUGCUUCCGUUACUCUCAUUGACGAUCGGUAUCCUCGUGCUCCUCGGCCAAUGUAUGGCCAAUACAGAGACGUAUUUGAUGCGAGUACCCUUGUACUUCAACAUUCCACCUCAUCUAGGUCCAGUCUCCGCUGAUGCUCGUCUCAAUCGCGAUCUCCACCAUAUCAAUCAUACACAUGCAUUGCUCACCGACUAUCCGAUAGGCCACAUCGGGGGCAUUCAAGAGCCAAUCUCGAACAUCAUCGAAGUCCCGUAUGAUACUUUGGCUGGCUUUUCGUCCAAAAAGUCGCCUUGGAACACAUUAUUGGUCCGCAUUAAUAACUACCAAGACUCGAGCUACAGCCCACGUGACCUUCUCUCCGUCAAGGUGUGUUGGCCCACCACCUAUCCUUACGACUUCACGAUCAGCCACCGGUUUCUCAAAGACAGCGAGUUAGGCUUAUCAUCAGACGAUAAACAGCUAGCUUUGUACGUUCAGGUGGAUUUCCAAUUCCGCGGCCAGACUUUCGACCCUACUUUCUUGAGUGCAGAUGACUCGGUGGUGUUCCAAUUGUACGUCAAUCGCCUCCCAUCCCGUUACAUCCCGAUCCCCCUCGAGCUCUACCCGUUUAUAGUUUACUUCGUGGACUUGAUCAUUCUCUUGGUCCAGAUUGUUCCGGUAGUGGCCCAGCUUAUCUGGUAA